UUCGGGUUCAACUCGCACAACCUUAUAUACUUCGUUCAAUGAGAAUGCUGCUUUGGGAUAAUGAUGACUUAUUCUACAGUUACACUGUAGAAGUUUCUGUAAAUAAUCAGGAUUGGGUAAUGAUCAUAAACAAUUCUGAGGAGCAGACACAUGGUUGGCAGGUGUUGCAUUUAAAACCCAGGCCGAUAGUGUUCAUUCGUAUUACCGGCGUGCGCAAUUCAAGAGGCUCAAUUUUUCGUUGUGUAUAUUUUGAGGCUCCCGCUCAAGUACCAUUAGAUUCCACCAACUUUGAUGACGGUCGUGAUGUAACACAUUAUUGGGAGAACAACGAAAGAGAUAUUACCAUGACUGAUGCAUCGCGUCAUUGAUAGAUCUUAGAUUUAUACAUAUCUUCAGUUAAUGGUUGGCGCCUUACUAUGACAAAAGCAUCAAGUCAUGUUUUAGUCCUUAAUCAAAAUAUAUUAAGAUAUUUAUUUUCCU